AUGUUCUUUACAGAAAACUAUGAGGAAGCCAGACUCAAGUCAAACCAGGCAACCGUUACUUCAAACCUGGAGAGUGAUGAAGAACCUUCCCGAAGACCAGUACGGCGGCCAGCCAGAUACAGAAGACCACUGGAGGAUAGUGAAAGCAUUCCUGAAACGUUACCAAGAAACACAUUUUCCGAACCUUGUUCUUCAGGGCUUUUAAUUCGUCAAGAACCUGAGUCUGACAGGGAACUUCUAUUCGAAGCUGAUGUGUCCCAAGAUGUUCCUUCAUCAGCUGGGCAAACCAAUUUGUGCAGUACUGAAUUGAAGAAGCUGGAGCGAGCCAUGUUUGUCAGGCUGGACAAACUGGAGCAAAAGAUGUCAGCCAUUGAAACUCUUUUAAGAACUGUUGUCCAAACAAGCGACACUUCUUGUGAGUUUCUGGUGAAUCCUUGCCAGAGCUCUCAAGAAUUGGAUGAUUUGUGUCUGAAGCUGCAAGACAAUGACUUCCGAAAAAAAACUGUCCAUUACUUAAGCCUCCUCGGAGGCAAAACACCUGGCGAUGCCAUCCGCAGGGUCUUGCGUACAAUUGGAACUAAUAGUCUAUGGUCAAAAUACAGCAUGAGUAGUUGUAGCGACCCACUAUCUGUCAAAAUUUGA